CGCCUUCUCUCCUAUCUCACACUUUUCUCGCUGAGCCCGCAUCCCGGCUGCCUUUGCGUGAACAAAAUGGCAGCUCCCAUGCCUCGGGGGUUGUCUUGCUUAUCCAAAGCUUUGGGAUGGUGGUCUCGGCAGUCAGUCCUGGUGACUCAGUCUACAACUGUAGUUCCAGUAAGAACUAAAAAACGUUUCACACCCCCUACUUAUGAACCCAAAUACAAAACGGAGAAGGAGUUUCUAGAACAUGCCCGGAAAGCAGGAUUGGUUAUUCCCCCAGAACGUUUGGAACGUCCCAUACAUCUGGCCUGUACAGCUGGUAUCUUUGAUGCUUAUGUUCCUCCUGAGGGUGAUGCUCGAAUGUCAUCUCUUUCAAAGGAAGGACUGAAGCAGAGAACUGAGCGAUUGAAGAAAAAUGCAGCCUCACAAUUGUCAAUCCGGAAGAUAAAAGAAUUUGAUGCUAAUUUUAAAACAAAGGACUUCCCUGAAAAAGCUAAGGAUAUUUUCAUUGAAGCUCACCUUUGUCUAAACAACUCAGACCAUGACCGGCUUCAUACCUUGGUAACUGAACACUGUUUUCCGGACAUGGUCUGGGACACCAAGUAUAAGACUAUCCGCUGGUGCUUCGUAGAAUCUUUGGAGCCAGCCCAGGUGGUGCAAGUUCGCUGCUCAAGUAUGGUGAACCAGAGCAACGUGUAUGGCCAGGUCACUGUACGCAUGCACACGCGACAGACUCUAGCGAUUUAUGAUCGGUUUGGGCGAUUGAUGUAUGGACAAGAAGAUGUGCCUAAGGAUGUCUUGGAGUAUAUUGUGUUUGAAAAACACCUGGUGAACCCCUAUGGGAGCUGGAGAAUGCAUGGCAAGAUCGUUCCUCCAUGGGCGCCCCCUAAGCAGCCCAUCCUUAAGACGGUGAUGAUUCCUGGUCCCCAGAUGGAACCAUGGGAAAACUGUGAAGAGGCACAAGGAGAGGCCCUUAAGUCUCAGCUAGCCUAAUGGCAAUUUAGGCUUGGAAGUUGUGAAGUCAUCCAUCCAACUCCAUCAGACCACCUGUUUCCUCUUGCCCGACUUGGAUGUUUUCAGCAGACUCACUCUCACAACCAUGUCUGAUGGCUGGGCCCAGGUGGUUGGCCAGUAUGCACAACCGUGGACCCUUUUCUUUUUAAAAACAGAUGUCUAGCUUCUGAGGCUAGAUGAAAGGCAGUAUGUUUCAGUGAACAAACAUCUGAUACAUUUUUUUUUUCACAGCAGAGACUGUGGGAGCAAACAGGCAACACUCUUUUGUAAUCACUGGGCAGGGAUCAGAGUUUGAAAUAAAAUGCUAGCAAAGUGUUGGACAAAUUUUGGUGUUGUGC